AUGGAUGCGCUCGGCAAGAAAGCGCAAGCCUUGAAGGUGUUAGACACGCAGCUAGGGGACUUCGGCUGGGGUGAGCAGCUGGGCUUGACUCUAACAAAGCGCACCCCGGGCAUGCUCUCGUGCUAUGACGGUAAGACCGUUCCCGACGCUCAGUAUGGCACACAGGAUCUGGUUCUGCAGGAUGGAGGUGUGUCUCUCGGAUCCCAGACGGGCUCCCAGCUCAACUGCUGUCGCCUUCUUCUCGCACACCAUGUUCCAUGCGGUGUUGCCGGUGAGUGGGACGAAGCCGCGCUUCGCCCUCUCCACCUGGUUUAUGGGGUGCUGAUCCAACACCAUCCCAUCAAGCUCGGCAAAAGCGGCACUGUGGCGCCGCUUCUGACUGUAACAGAAGUGCUGAUGUCAGCAGCCAUUCCAAAGAUUGGCCGGGACCUGUCUUUACAUGUGUCUAUCCUCAAGUACGAGGUGGUCGAAAGCGGCCAAGAAGCACAAGGCAUAGCCAAGGGCCUCGAAGUGCUGAAGGCACGAGUGUCCUUGGCCAAGACCGGACAGCAUGUCGAAUACAUCUUGCAGGUUAGCAUGAACGGCUCUUCACCCUGGACGCUGCGGCGGCGCUUCAACGACGUGGCGAUCAUGCAUGCUGAAUGCCAGCACAUCACUUGCAGCAUUGGUGCCAUGGCUUUCCGCUUGACCUACCGCCGUCAGUGCCGCUACAACACCAAGUCCAACAAGCAGCGAGUCGUGAAGACUCCCGGUGGCAAGGCAGUGUACCAGGCAGUCAAGAAGAAGGCAAAGGGCCCACACUGCGGCGACUGCGGCAAGGCUCUGAUUGGCCUGCCGCGUUUGCGCCCGAUCGAAUACUCUCGCUUGAAGAAGCGCGAGAAGCGCGUCAACCGUGCCUACGGCGGAUCCCGAUGCGCCCACUGCGUUCGCGAGCGUGUUAUCCGGGCCUUCCUGAUCGAGGAGCAGAAGUGCGUCAAGCAGGUCCUUGCCGAGAAGCUUUCGCAGGCCAAAGAAAAGGAAGGAGGCCAUGAAUACCUGGAGUCCCGGAAGAACGCCCUUGCUGCGUACUUGCAAGGGUUGGCACACCGCAGAGAUAUUCUGAAUUGCUUAGAGGCGCAAGAAUUCUUCGGAAUGUGUGAGCGGGACCAGACGCUCCGCCAGCCCAGCGAGAGGGAGCCGAAGUUGGUGUCCGAGGUACAGGAGGCGGCUUAUGGCAUUACUAGCUUCGUUUACGAAGCCAGUCGCGGUUUGCUGCUGCUCGGGGCUGCGGACUGCAACUGGAUUUCCCGUAUGGAUACGAAGCUCACAAACAUCAAGUUGCCGUGGGAGCCUGUGGCACCCGAUCUGCCCAGCUCGCAGAUGAGCUUGUGGAAGGAGUCCCCACCGAACUCGAAGAGCUACCAACUCCAGUUUGCUUGCCGCUAUUCCUCCUCCAUCUCCUGUGUGGCUUUGGUCACUGGCGGUGAGGAGGGAGGCUGCUGCCUGUGUGGCUUGAACGACGGUGCUGUCGGCUUUCAGAAGAUGAGCGCGCCCAGCGGCGUUUCUCGUGGGGCUACGCUGCCUCUGCUGAAGCACACGGCCGCAGUCUCUGCCUUGGCCGUGGACGAGCGAGCGCAAUGGCUUUUCUCGGCAAGCAAAGACAACGCCCUGAAGGUCUACGACUUGGUCAGGCAGAUGAUGCAGUGCGAGACGCAUUCGCCGACCCCCACCACGUCGAUGCAUUUCGAAGAGGCGCAGCAGAGGCUCUUCACAGGCCUCCAGAGCGGUCAGAUCGCGGUUUGGGACACGUCCGUCCUGCCUCUGACGCUGCUUUGCAGCGUUCCUGACGGGUCGACGGCUGUCUCAAGGGUCAGCGGCAUGGAUUACGAGGCUUCCACAGGAACGCAAGCUGCCACAGAUGCUUCGGCGCCGCAAUUUUCACAGCUCGAGGCUUUUGGUCGUAGGUCGUCAGCGGCCCUUGAAAGCCUUGCCUAG